ACUUGUCUUUGGAUGUAACUUCAGUGUGGUGAAAAUAUGGCUCUUUUUCGGGGUGCAAAAGUGGCUUUAAAUCUCGCCAGGGCGAAUUCUGCUGCCCUUGUGGUUCCAGUGAGAAACCACUGGAACAAGGAUUUCAAGCCCGGAAAGUAUCCGGAGACAGAGGAGGAGAGGCUGGCAGCUGCUAAGAAGUAUAAUAUGCACCCUGACGAGUAUGAGCCUUACCCGGACGAUGGAGAGGGCUAUGGCGACUACCCGAAACUGUCGGAUGAGCCUGUAGAAAUGAAAGAUCCUCACUAUCCCUACGAUAUGCCAGCCCUCAAGAGGAACUUCAACGAACCGAUGCACGUGGAAUACGUGCUUAGAAGUGAAGAUCGCUGGGGUUACGAUAGGCCGCCCAAGAUAUCACUUCGGAACCAAUUUCUCACGUUCGUCGGAGUCAUGAGUGCACUCCUCGGGAGUUUCUUCUUCUUCGAAGAUUACAAGAUCUUUCGCCCAGCGCUCCCGAAGCAAUUUCCAGGUGACGGAAAGGUUCAUUACACCUUUGAGAGCAAAUAGUCAAUGCGAGAUUUGUGCAUAGACCCUGUUAAUAAAUAAUCUUUAAUUUUUCCAUAAAUAUCGGGAUAGAAGACAAUUUUACUGGGUGACUAUAAUAGUUAUGAUUCAAAGAUUAGCCAACAAUUUUAAAGUCCGACACAGACUUGAGGUUUAUCACAGAAGACUAACCCAAAGACCUCAAAGGUCUUUGAUUGCACUGAUCGGAAGACGUUUUUAGGCAAAUUUUCAAGGUUCAUGUAAAAUGACGAUUUGAGAAAUGUUAAUCAAUAUAAUUUCUAAUCAAA